ACUCACUGCAAGAAACCUCCAGCGCUUCACAGAACGAUUCCGAAAAGGAGGAGAACACGUGGAGGGGAACCCUUUCUUCGCCCUGGAAACCACAACAAAGCCAUGUGAGGGGGCGUGACUGGCUGCCUCGCUGCUCCCCUUCCGAACUGGGUUGCGGGCCCGGCCCCCCGCCCCCUCGGGAGCUUUGCCCCCUGCAGCUGGACGAGGCGUCCUGGCGGGCGGCGCCGCACACAAAGCCGCCUCUGCCUCUGCCUCGCCCUGGCCCUGGCCGUUCCCGAGCAGCCCCGCGCGCAACGCGCCUCCCCAACGGGACUGCCCCCGGCCACGCCGCGCCGCGCGCGUUGCUGGUUGCUGGGCCGGUCCAAGGAGCGACGCUGCCUCGGCUCUUAAGGAGGGGCGCGGCGGGGGCCCCCUGGGAGUUGUGGUUCGCGCCUGACUGGAGAUGGAGCCCCACCACCUGCAACAGCACCACCAGCAGCCGCUGCCCCCGCCGUCCUUGCAGCCGCAGCAGCCGCAGCGCGUUCGCUCCCAGACCGUCACCACCACCGCCAGCUCUUUCGCGGUCAGCUUCUCCCCCAGUUCCAGGACCCUCGCUUACGACAGGGAGUUCCUGAGGACGCUGCCCGGGAUCCUUAUGGUGGCGGAGAUUGUUCUGGGGUUGCUGGUAUGGACACUGAUUGCUGGAACAGAAUAUUUCCUGUAUCCUGCCUUUGGCUGGGUGAUGUUUGUGGCUGUAUUUUAUUGGGUUCUUACACUCUUCUUUUUAAUCAUCUACAUGACAAUGACUUACACCAGGAUUCCGCAGGUCCCAUGGACCACUGUGGGUUUGUGCUUUAAUGGGAGUGCCUUUGUUUUGUACCUCAUUGCUGCCAUUGUAGAAGCAUGUGCAGUCACCGAGGAUCUGGACAGCCACAACUACAACAGCUGGGCAGCUUCUUCAUUCUUUGCCUUUGCUGUCACAUUCUGCUAUGCUGGAAAUACCUAUUUUAGUUUUAUAUCUUGGAGAUCGCGGACCUUGCAACAAACAUUCUCUUGAAAUAGAAAGAAGAACACAUGCAUAGGUGUAAUAUGUGUCAAGACGCUCUACACUUUGUUACUGAAGUUUGUUUUGUUUUGAAAACAGCAUAUGUGUAGCUAGUGCUGCAUGUUCAGAAGACAGCCACGAUGCUUUCAUUCAAACUAGGAUUUGGUCAGUAAGAACAUAUUGCGGGUUUCCUUUUCUCCCUCCACUGGACAUACCAAUGCCUUCUUCCUCUCCUUGGUUCACAAUAAUCAUAAUUUGGUGUGACAUCCAAAUUGGCAAACUAUAGUUAUUGCUAACUGAAGCUUGUUGCUAAACUACAAUCAUAAUCAUAACUACAAUCUACAUGGGAUUCUGAUUCUAGUUAGGAAGCAAACCAUGGGGCUGGAUAUGGACAGUUUUUCACUGACUCUCACCCAAUCCCUCUCCAUCCUACAACCCUGCCCCACAUGGCUUUUGUACAUGUAAGUCUUAUGAGUCUCAGAAUUGCCAUUUUGGGUAGUCUUAAGAGGACAUCUUCCAUUUUCACCAGCAGAAAAAGUUGGUUGAAUACAGCCCAUGGCUAGGUAUAACCAUGGUGUGGUUAAUUUGAAUGUCAUGGCAAACGGUAGGUCCUUUCCUCUGCAGGACUGCAUAGGAUCGGCAUUCACUCUAUAAAGAGGAGAGCCAUCAAUGUGUGGGCAUCAGCCAUGCUACUUCGGCCGUGUCAUGAUUUCAGCUCUAGAUCUCAUGAACGGUGUUUUUAUAAGCAUAAUUGAAACAGGAAUGUAUUUAAAACAUGCUGUUUUUGUAGCAGGGAAGCAACUUUCUUCUCUGUAUGAUGAAGUAUUAUGUGUGGAAGAUUUUAUGCUAUAUGUGAUAGACACUUGUUUCCCUAAGCAAUAUGUAUUCUAUUGUAACAACUGUCAAUGCAGCUAAGUAUACAUAUUUUUUCUUAUUUCAUAAAUGUAACUAUUAAAACUUCUGUAUUAAGUGCCACAAUCUCAAAAACACUGAGAUACAGGCAAGCAUAAUUUAUAAUAUUUUAUAUGUACUAGAACAUUUUCUGUAAUCAGGAAAAUGUUCUUAGUUUAGAGCCAAUGUAUACAGAUUUAGAGCUGGAUCCAGACCAAACUGGUAAAUUUCACUUAUGUUCCCUUUUUACUGCAAACCUCACUCAUGACCCCCUGAUGCCCCUCAAGGUCAUCAUGUGUGGAGAACAGUGGGCUGCAAUGGGAGAGAAGAGUUGGGAAAAUUUAGGCUGGAUCCAACCCCUUAGAAAGCUGAACGAGGUUCCUCUUGGAGCACUCUAAUCAUGCAUCAUAGGAUUCUAGGUAAUUGACUGGUGAGAGAUUUUCAAGUAGCGUCAAGUAACAGUCUAGUAUUACAGCAUUAACUGUUAGAAUGGCAAACAGGUUAAUUACAAACACAAAUUAGUUGAUUCUGCUUUACUGGACUUGUUUGGCUUGCCUUUUACAGCUGCAGGGCUGAGUGCCAAGAGGGCUUCCAUUCUCCUCUGCUUAAAGCUUUAAAGGUAAAUUGCUGUCUGCACAACAGCAUUCAUGGAUUAUCAACUGCAAUCAAAUAAUAAGUAGCCAAUUAACAAAUUGUAGUUGGUCAACUGGCCAACAUGCCAACUCUAAUGCACCCCCCCCCCCCAGUUAACAUGUGGGGGAAAUAUUAAGUCUCUGCUAUCCAAAUGAAUAGAAUGCAGACUCACAACAAUUUAUACAAAACGACCCUCCUAGUUCUGCCAGAACCCAACAACGCAAGCUGUUGCAGCAGGAAAACCUAAAUUUAAACAAGAAGAACAAAUUGAAAAUGUGAUAUAGUCAGUGGUGGGAGUUGGCAGGUUCGCACCACUUCAGCAGAACCAGUUGUUGAAAUGGUGCUUGUAAACAACCAGAACCGGUUGUUAAAUUAUUUGAAUCCCACCACUGGAUAUAAUGGUAAUGAUACAGUGAUGUGCUAAGUCUUUCUUAUUCAAAACAUGUAAAAUACCAGCAAUUAGCUCACUUCAUAAAACUGGCCUCAUGAUCUAGAAGCUGAGAAAAGAAAAAAGCAGUGGUUAGAAUUCAACCUAAAACUUCCACUGGCUCAAGAAGGGGCCUGAUUUCUCCUCUCACUGCUGGGAAAUGGGAGACCCCAAGGAAUAAUAGGUAAAAAUCAUCCUUCUGAUGCCUGUGGAAAUUCUAGGUAAGAUACCAGCAACUGAUUUAUAAUAUAACUGGAGAAGUCAAAGUGAAUUGGUUUUAAUUAUCUCUUAUGACCUUAUGCCUGUGUAUUAAGACUAGCAAGCCUAACUUCUAAAAAGUAUACUAAUUUUCCUCCACUGGAUAUUUAGUAGGGAACUGGAUUUGUAUUUUCUGUAAACUGAUCUUUGUACAUGGAAAUGAAAAAAAAAUCUGGUUACAUUAUUGUGGUGUUGUUCUUACUUUAUUUGCUAAUCAGUGAUGCAGUUUCAAUAAAUGUGGAUUUACUGUGACUCUUA